UUCAAUACAGUUUGACGAAUUCAGGAAAAUUGCAACAUAGCUCCAAUUCGUAUUUGUCACAAAGCGGGAUUCACUGAAGCUCUUUGUGAAUUCUUUUUAAUUUAUUUCAAUUAGUUUUUGUUUACUGGAAUAAUUUGUCUAACAGAAAAACAAACUAUUAAAAUCAUAACUUAUAUACCUGGCAAAUAAGCUUCAACAUAUUACAAAUGAUAAUUUCCUUCAUAUUCAAUUAACUUUGCAUAAUUAUAUCAAUUCGACGAAAAAAUAAAUCAAGAUUCUAAAAAACGAUUUACACGAGUAAAUGCGACUUUCAAUAAACAACAGUGCAAAAAAAAUUAAUUUCAAAACCAAUAAAGAUUUUUUUAAUAAUUAUCCAUAUAAAAUAUCUAUGUUCUAAUUAUGCAUAACUGUGACUAAUGAAAUAUUGUGAGUAAGAAAAUUAAUUUAUCAAACCUCAUGUUUAAGUAAUUCAGAUCAAGGUAUACUAAACCAAUAAUUCAGCAACUCUCGAGGACAAAGAUGCGGAUAAUACAAUUAACAAAAGUCUAACAAAAUAAUUAAUAAAAAAUGGUAUUCAAAAUGAAAUUUUUAAGUAAAUCACUCCUAAUCUUAUUGACCACAAUUUUGAAAGUUAAUACAGACGUAGUGCCAUCAAGUGUAAUUAUCGUUGGCGCAGGAUCAUCAGGUUUAGCCACUGCAUCCAGACUUUUUCAAAAUGGUUUCAACAAUAUAAAAAUUCUCGAAGCGGAAAAUAGAAUUGGUGGAAGAGUAUAUACAACGAAAUUCAAUGAUUAUUUUGUUGACCUCGGAGCUCAAUGGGUUCACGGAGAAAAUAUUGUAUUCGAUAUGGCAUGGUCACUUGGACUAUUAGAGAGAAGUACUGUAAGAAAUUAUUCCAAUAGUAUGUUUGAUUCUUCAGGGAAGCAAGUUGAUCAAACAGUGAUUAAUGAUUUCUAUGAUUUUUAUUAUAAAACUGAGAAAAAAUUAUCACAUUGUGCUACGAAAUACACAAAUGUGACAGUUGGGAAAUUUUUCACUGACGAAUUUAAUAAAUACUUUGAUAUCCAUCCAAAUUUUAAAGAAAAUGAAAAAGGAUUAUUUCAAUUGCUCGAUAUGAUGCAAAGCGUUUGGCAAUCAUCAGAUUCAUGGUUGGAUAUUUCAUCGACAAGUAUUUCGGAAUAUCAUAGUAGUACCGGAGAUUUUUUAAUGAAUUGGAAAGAAAAUGGAUAUGGCACUGUUCUUGAAUUACUUACAAAGCAGUAUCCAAAUCCAAAAGAAGAGCUACCAAUUAUCAAUAACACAAUAUUAAACACUGAAGUUACAUUAAUAGAUUAUUCCAAAUCAGAUGAAAAAAUUAUGGUUCAAACAUCAAACGGAGAAAUAUUCUCUGCUGAUCAUGUUAUUGUUACAUGUUCCUUAGGAGUUUUAAAAGACAGACAUCAUUCAAUGUUUAAACCAUCUUUACCGAAAAGAAAACAAAAAACCAUUGAGGCACUUGAAUUUGGAAAUGUUGGAAAGAUUUUUCUCUCCUUUGAAGAAUACUGGUGGACUAAGGAAACGGUAUUUUUGGAUUUUCUCUGGAAAGACGAAGAUUUCGAAAUGAUUGUAAAUGAACCCGAGAAAAAUUGGCUUCUUGGUUUAAUUGGCUUCGAAACAGUAGAACAUAAACCAAAAUUACUCGAGGGAUGGGUAUCUGGAAAAUAUAGUCGAGAAAUGGAAAAACUAACAGAAGAACAAGUUAAAAAUCACUGCAUCGAAGUUAUAGAAAGAUUCCUUGGAAAAACAUAUAAUGUCACUAAGCCAACAGAAAUAAUCCGAACCACGUGGAAUAGUAAUAAUCACUUUAAGGGAACCUACAGUUUUAGGAAUAUGAAGUCAGAUGCUAAAAGUGUUUGGGCUGAAACAUUAGCAGAACCCAUUGAUAAAACAAAACUAAUGAUUUUAUUUGCCGGAGAAGCAACAAAUAAACAUCACUUUGGCACUGUGCACGGAGCAAUUGAAAGUGGCUAUAGGGAAGCUGAUAGACUUAUUAAAUUUUAUUCUGAAUUAACCACGAAUUAAAAAAAAUGAACUUAAAUUAAAAAAACUACUUCAGAGAUGAAAAAAUAAAUAAACAAACAAAAAACAUUAAAU